UCCACAUAUAUAUGGUAUAGUUAAAGAAAAAAAGGCAAAAAGAACUGUUAAACAUAUAUACAAAAAAUUACUUAAAAGAGAAAGAUUCUAAGAAAACCAUGACAUGUGGUGGUGAAUAAAAGAAAAAAUUUACUUAAAGAGAUAAGAUUUAUUUUUCAAUUUUUCCUAUAUAUUCCCUUUCAAGUUAUAAUUGUCAAUUAAUACAUAACAAUAUCUUUCAUUUUUUAGUCCCUCUAAUUCCACCGGAGUACCGGGCCCUAUAUUUUCCUUAAAAAGACGAUUCUUGAAAUUACAUAAGUACCCCCAAACUCAACACUAGUAUUUCUAUAUAACCCAAACACUUUCACAGUCUUCUCACUCAUCUUCCUCACUCGCUUCUAGUCAUCUAAAUGAAAUAUCAACAAAUGUACCAGCGAGCUCCAACAAUGGCCAUUGCCCCGACGAUGAUGCUUUAUCCGAACUACCCUUUUUUCAUGUCAGCGUUUGGCUCAGAUGACAAUGAUUCUGGUGACCAUUUCGAUUUCAAUAUCAGCAAAGAGUUGCUUCUCAACCCUAAAAACAUCAUGCUGGGAGAGAUGAUUGGAGAAGGAGGCAACUCCAUCGUCUACAAAGGCCUAUUCAAAGGCACUAUGCCUGUGGCGGUGAAGAUAGUGCAGCCGAGUAAAACAUCUGCUGUAAGCAUUCAACACAAACAACAGUUUCAAAAGGAGGUUCUGCUACUAUCCUCGAUGAAACAUCUCAACAUUGUGAGGUUUCUUGGAGCUUGCAUAGAGCCACAAUUGAUGAUAGUUACCGAACUCGUAAGAGGUGGUACUCUUCAGAGGUUCAUGUUGAACUCUCGUCCGAGUCCUCUAGAUCUAAAGACGUCACUAACCUUUGCUUUGGACAUUUCUCGAGCCAUGGAGUUUUUGCACUCAAAAGGCAUCAUUCACCGUGACCUAAAUCCAAGGAAUGUUUUGGUAACUGGUGAUAUGCAUCAUGUGAAGUUGGCUGAUUUUGGACUUGCAAGAGAAAAGACUGUAGGUGGCAUGACUUGUGAGGCGGGAACAUAUCGAUGGAUGGCUCCUGAGGUAUGCAGCCGUGAGCCACUCCUAAUUGGGGAGAAAAAACACUACGACCACAAGAUAGACGUUUAUAGCUUCGCAUUGAUUUUCUGGUCGUUGCUCACUAACCAGACACCAUUCUAUGGGAUGGAUGGUAUUUCUAUUCCCUAUUUUGUGAACCAGGGCAUGAGACCAAGCCUAAUUAAUAUUCCUGAUGAGGUCGUACCAAUUUUGGAAUCGUGCUGGGCCGAAGACUCAAAGAAUCGUCUUGAAUUCAAAGAGAUUACUAUCUUCUUGGAAAGCUUGCUAAAAAGACUCUGCCCAGAGAGUAGUAAUGAUGAUAUAACGGUAACAGACGAUGAGGCUUAUGAUGAUGAGAUAGAGGAAUUGGAGACCACUUGGCUGCUUGGAAAGCGCUAUAUCAAGCUGAACAAACCUAAGAAGAAGAAGGAGAAAGUGAUGAAGAGGAUACUUCCUUUCUUCAAGAAGUUCUUUUCUUCAAAGUGGUGAAAUCCAUAUGAUCACUUUUUGUGCUUACCCAUAGAAAGUUGGCAGAUUUAAGAAAAGAUUGUUUGUUUUAUUUUCUUCUUCUUUUGGUUUUCUUGUUAUUUUGUUGUUGUCGUUGUUGUUUCUGUUGUUCUAAGAAAAAGAAAAAAAAAAGUUUAAAGCAAUGCAUUCUCAUUCUUGUUUU